AUGAAGCUUCUCCUCCUGUUCGCUUUCUUCGGGGCGGUUUCCAUGUAUGGACUGGUAUGUGACGAGUGCGAGAAUCCGGGAAGACUGGCUUUUGAUGACACCGUGAAGUUGGGGGAGCUCGUGGAACUGCCAGACGGGUGCCUUCGGUUGCCGGUAUCCUGCAAAAACGGCAAGAAGCUGCUGUUCAACGGCAAGCUACAGCUUGCCCCACCGAUCUCGCUGAAAUGCCACAUGGAAAGAUGGUAUUACGAGCCGAAGGACCAGGAGGUCUGGGCCAUCACCUGCAAACCGCCCAAGAACGGA